GCCCCUGUCGUCGGGUCAAUGCCUUGAGAGUAGUUGUGUGUGGUUGGCGGUGCGUGUAGUAACCAGGGGUUGGUUGUAGUGACUGGGUUCUGCUUGUCCCGUCCCCCCCCUCUCUCUCUCACUCUCUUUGGUUCACCGCUCCCUUGCUUUGCCUCACCAGUCGAGAGAGACAGCUGUGUCAAACGGUAGCGCUCUGCAAAUUCCACCCGGACCAGAUGAAACUUCUUGCGGUGUUGCCGGUGCUUCUCGCCGGCCUGGCGGUGACCACAGCGGCGGCGGGACGAGGGAGCUUCAGCUGGGAUCAGAAAGAGUUGGCGCCCAAAGAGCGCUUUACCAUCCUGGCCCAUCACAACCGCCUGAGGAGCAAAGUGCAGCCUCCUGCAGCCAACAUGCAGAAAAUGGAUUGGAGUGAGAAGCUUGCCUGGCUGGCACAGAUACGAGCGAACAGUUGCCAGAGAAGUCCCCAGGACCUGUGGCGUCCAGUGGCAGAGGAGGAGGAGAUUGGCUGGAAUUACCACACCGCUGUGGACGGGAGAGUGUCUGUCUCGGAUGUCAUCGACCUGUGGUUCAGGGAGGCUCAGAAUUACCACUACCACACCGGCCAGUGCAAAUACAACACCUCUUGCCAGCACUAUACACAGCUGGUCUGGGCCACCUCGAGCAAAGUGGGAUGUGGGAAACACACUUGCCUUCACAAUGACAAAUGGAUGAUGGUUGUAGUCUGUGCCUAUUCUCCAGGAGGAAACUGGGAAAUCAAUGGGAGAACAAUCAUUCCCUACAAGGAAGGACCUUCAUGCUCCUUCUGCACUUCCCGCAUGUCAGGCUGUUUUAAAUCCUGGGACCACCAUGGAGGCCUGUGUGAGGUGCCGAGGAAUCCAUGUCGGAUGAGCUGUGGGAACAGGGGCCAGCUGAACGUGACCUCGUGUCGAUGCGAGUGUCUACCCGGAUUCACUGGAAGAUAUUGCCAAGUCAGGUGCAGCCUGCAAUGUAUUUACGGCAAGUACAGGGAUGAGGAGUGCUCCUGUAUCUGUGACGUGGGAUACGGUGGCGCGCUGUGUGGAGAAAAACUGGAAUUUCCAUUCCACACCUGUGAUAUCCUGAUCGAUGGGGACUGCUUCAUGGUCUCUCCCGAAGCAGAUACAUACUACGGAGCCAAGAGUAAAUGUCAGGAGCGUGGUGGGAUUUUAGCACAAGUGAAAAACCAGAAGGUGCAGGAUAUCCUGGCCUUUUACCUCGGCCAGCUGGAGAACACCAACGAGGUUACCAACCCUGACUUUGAAACACGCAACUUCUGGAUUGGCUUGACGUAUAAAACAUUGAAAGACUCGUUCCGUUGGGACACGGGAGAGACUCCCUCCUUUUACAGCUUUGCAUUUGGGCAGCCGGAUAAUCAAGGGUUUGGAAACUGCGUUGAGUUGCAAGUCUCCAGCGCCUUUAAUUGGAAUGACCAGCGCUGCAAGACUCGCAACCGAUACAUCUGCCAAUUCCGAGAGGAGCACGUCGCACGCUGGGAAUGAAGGAACAAGUCUGUUGUGUUUCCAUGGGGGAGAUGCGAGGCCUCCCACACUUUGUUCCCGAGCUCCGGUAUUCACUGCAGUAGUUUAGCCACUGGGAUCGUAGGUAUGGACUCUCGCUGAAAGUCAGGUUCACUUUAUGGUUGAUUAUUGUUCCAGCCCUCCCGAAAUUGAGCAGGUAGCGUCCUCUGGAUUGUAAACCCUGUUGUGAAUGUACAAAGGGGUGUUGUUGCUGAGGAAAGGAAAAUUAUUUAGGCAGGUCCUGGAGUUUAGUGGGAGGAUGCAAGGUUGUUGCAGUGUGGAGUGUAGUGAUCCCCCUCGUAUUGUUGAAGCCAAUAACCAUGAGAGUUGGCAAUACCUCCCCCCUGAGCACUGGGCUAUGGGUCAGUGUGUGCAGUUUACCUACUGGUUUCAGUCAUGCUUGGUUGCUCAGACACUCCCACAGGGAGAGCAGGGCUGAAUCUGCCGCGUUGGUUAGAUGGAUUGGGUCUCACCAUCUGCCUUCACUUACCUUGUUGCUUUUUCUUGUUGAGAGUCCAAAUUUUUGUGUUGGGUGAACAGAAGGGUGGCGGGGAGCAUUAGGAUCACAUUCAAAGGUGCAUUGCCUCUCCUUUCUCCACCCCCCCCCCCCCCCCC